CACAGAGGGUAGUGUGUGUGUGUUACACGGAUUUAGUAUAGCGAUUGACACUGGCUGAUGACCACUAUCCAGCUUGCACAAGCAGACUAGAUAAGACCGGUUCUGACACCCGAGAACAACUCCACACUGUGCUUUAGUCAGCUGGUUAGACUGGUCGUGUUGUAUAGGGUGCUAGUUUUGCAGGGACCGAAAUAUCAGCUUUAGGAAACAUGUCGUUGUUUUGCAGGAGCAUCGGUUACGUGAGGCGAGCAUACGCUACGGCGGCCAGUGUGAAACCAUCAAGUGUGUCACAGAUAGAAAUGCCUCCGUGUGAUUUUACGCCUGACAAAUACACGGGCCCAAGUUACGAGGAAGCGUUAAGGAUACGGAAGGGAUCACUCUUUCCGAUGUUGACGUACUAUAAGAAGCCGUUGAUGUUACACCAGGGCUACAUGCAGUGGUUGUUUGACAUGGAUGGUAGGAGAUACCUGGAUCUGUUUGGUGGCAUCGUCACAGUCAGCGUGGGACACUGUCACCCGAAAGUUUUGGCGGCUGCAGGAGCACAGAUGAAGAAACUUUGGCACACGACAAAUAUUUAUCUACACCCUGCAGUCCAUGAAUAUGCCGAAAAACUAGCCGCCAAAAUGCCGGGAAAUUUAAAGGUGGUGAUGUUUGCAAACAGUGGAUCUGAGGCUAAUGACAUGGCCAUACACCUGGCAAGACUCCACACAGGGGUGUUUGAAAUCGUCUCAACCAGGAACGCAUAUCACGGAGCUAGUCCUCAUCUCAUGGGACUGACCGCUCUUAACACCUGGCGAUACAACGUCCCCACCGGAUUCGGCAUUCAUCAGACGAUGAACCCUGAUCCAUACCGAGGCCCCUGGGGUGGGGCACGAUGUCGAGAUUCUCCAGCCCAGACUGGCAGAUCAUGUGACUGUCCCAGCGGUCAGUGUGCGGCCUGUGACAUGUACGUAGAUCAGUUUGAAGACGUACUGAGGUUCUCUGUUCCCAAAGGAGGCAGGGUGGCGGGAUUCUUUGCCGAAUCUAUUCAGGGGGUCGGUGGUUCUGUCCAAUUUCCCAAAGACUACUUGAAGAAAACUUUCCAGAUGGUUCGAGAGCGUGGAGGCGUGUGUAUAUCUGACGAGGUUCAGACUGGAUUCGGUAGAACCGGCACGCAUUAUUGGGGCUUUGAAGGGCAUGGAGUUAUCCCAGACAUUGUUACCAUGGCUAAGGGUAUAGGAAAUGGCUUUCCACUGGCCGCCCUUGUAACGACUCCGGAAAUAGCGGCUAGUUAUGCGCAGGCGCUUCACUUCAACACGUUUGGUGGCAAUCCAAUGGCGUCUGCCGUCGGAUCCGCAGUUCUUGACGUUAUAGAAGAAGAUGGAUGCCAGCAAACAAGCCACGAAGUCGGGACGUACUUUCUCCAAGAGCUUGACAAACUCCGAGAUGAAAUCGACAUUAUUGGUGACGUCAGGGGAAAGGGCCUAAUGAUUGGCGUAGAAAUGGUUAAGAACAAGGAAACGCGUGAACCCUUGGAUGCCGAAACAAUGGGGGCGAUCUGGGAAAAGACGAAGGACAUGGGUUUACUUGUGGGGAAAGGUGGUUUGUAUGGAAAUGUCUUCCGAAUUAAACCACCAAUGUGCAUCACUCAGGCAGAUGUGAACUUUGCCCUUUCUGUGAUAAGAGAAGCCAUAGUGUGUGUGACGUCAUAGAUUGUUGAGCCUUUUGGUCAGGAGUCCGGGUUUAUCAGCCUCCUCCAAAUCGAGGUAUCGGAAAACGUUGAAAUAGUUUACAUUAAGUCACGAGUGGAUACCAUUGUGCAUGUUUGUAAAUUCAAAAAUCUAUGAACAUUUUAAUCAUAACGAAGUAAAGUGUACAAAGUCAGUAUGAGAUAUAUGUGCGGAUGGGAAGAAAGAGAACUGGUAUGGGUGGAAGGGUGCUGGGUGGGCUGGGAUGAGGUGGUAUGUGGUGAGUGUGGCGUAGGAGGCUCAAAGAUGAUAUUUAGUGGUGGCUUGAACUGGUCAUAAAAUGCCCACUAAAUAAAUGUCAGUCAAAUGUUUAAGCAAGCUUAUUAUUGCAAGAGGUCAUAAAGAACUUUCGAGUGCAAAUAUACCGUUAGAAUAGUCCCGUGCAAUUAAGUUCGUACCAAUGACUGUUACACCAGAGUUCCGACAACGUUGUCGUAAAGCUGACUUUAUGCUUUUAUUUCUUUUACCUUUGUUUAAAUUACCUUUGAUUGGGCUUACUUGUUAACAACCACAUUUUACGGUGGUAAAUUUUACUCUGAGCAAUUUGGCGAAAGAGAGAAAUGUUUACAUGAGCCCACCGUGUUUGCCAUUGUUCAGCUAUUGCUAAUUUGUUAGGUACGUUCAAGCGUGCAGAAUUGUGUACAGUUGGGAGAGGAAAAGUAGUUAGGAUGACAAUAAGAGUUCUCUCCCCUGUCCUGUGAGCCAGUCUAUUACAAUAAGUCAUUGAGAGUGUCUCAAAUAAUAUCUGUUACAGUUUAUAUAUUAUAAUAUGUAUACUUGGGUAUAUCUCCCCAAACUGAGGACAUGGCACUGUGCCACACCCCUUUGCCUAGGUACAGCCUGCAUUUUUCUCUACAACAUAUCCAUCGAGCAUCAUUAGUAUAACCUUCGUUUCUUUGAAGUUCUUACAGUGGAAGUGAAGUCAUAACAUUUUGUCAACAUAGUAACCUCCAAGGGGCCAAACCCUGGGUAAGAAGUUUUCAGUUUACGGACAAAAUUCUGAUAUAUUUUUCACCAGGCGCAAAAUAAGAGAACCGAUAAUUGAUCUCUGACCUACAUGGGUGUGUGGUAAUAUUAUCCAUUCACUUCCAUACAUAACGCAUGUGUAACCUAUUUUUAGAUCUGCAGUCGAAAUCAAACGGCAUAAAACUCCACGAACGUGUACAUUUCAUGUGGAAUAAAGUUCCAUUCC